AUGGCAAAGCAAGAAACAAAACCAGUUUUGGGAUAUCAAACUCAAAGAUCAGAACAUUUUUACCAAACAAACCCUCAAUAUUACCAAACAGAACCUCAAUUUCAUCAAAUGCAUCAUCCCGCCUAUGCUCAACCUUGUCCAGGUUACCCGAAUAACCCGGGUAAUUAUUACGACUAUAAUUACCCGGCUAGGCCAUUGCCUUACGUGUCCCCUGACGUUAGUCAGGGGUUCUCGUUCGCCAGAGUCAUGCUCUGCCUCAUGAUUUUUUUCAUUUUAUUCGCGACGGUUAUAAGCACGUUCACGUAUAAAGUCUUCAUGAAUUUCAAGCCAACAUUCAAGGUUGAAUCCUUCGUGGUCCGCUCAUUCGAUAUUUCAGGCAAUGGCGGACCAGGAACGAUGUUGAAGGCAAAUUGGGAAACAAAGGUGUCGGUUAAGAACACAAACCAUCGUUCAUCCGUCCAAAUUGAGCAUGCGGAGACCAUGUUGGUAUACAAGUACGUCGUGCUCGAUACAUCAUCUGUGGAUCGUAUGGAUAUCGAGAGGGAGAGCACGGUCCAAAUGUUGGACGUGUUCUCCUUCCCGAAUUCCAAACGGAGCUUCAACGGGGAAUCAGUUGUUAGCGAAAUGGCGAAAGAUAGAGAGAGAGGGCAAAUUAUAUUUGAUAUGAAAAUUGAUGUGCAAAUUAAGUAUAAAGGUAGAAUGUUGUGGAAGUUGGAAAAAAUGCGUUUGUUUUGUGAAAGAAUAACAUUGAGUUUUCAGACUAAUGGUUCUACCAAUAUUCCAACGUGGGAUGGUUCUAAACGUGAAUGUGAACCAGGAAAUAACUUCACCGGAGUCAUUCUAUCAUCUUUAAGUUUGUUACGCAAAGUGAUCAUCUUUGUGUACCUCUUGAUGUAUCAAUUUUCGGGAGAAAUUCCAUCUUCCCUUUCCAAUCUAACAAAGUUGGAAGUAUUGAGAAUACAGAGAAAUUUUCUCCAAGGUGAUGUCCUUUGGGAACUCGGUGAUCUUGGUUACAUGGAUAUAUUAGACCUGCAAUAUAAUCAUCUUACUGGAUCUAUAGCACUGACAAUCUUUAACAGUACGACGAUGCAAGUGAUUGCUCUAAGCGGCAACAAUUUUAGUGGAAAGCUUCCAACAACUAUAUGCGACCAUCUUCCAAAUUUGGAAGGGCUUUACCUCUCAAGCAACAUCCUAGAUGGAGUUAUUCCACCAAACAUGGAGAAAUGCAUAAAGUUUAAAUUUUUGUCAUUGUCGUUCAAUGAGUUUAUUGGAACUAUACCAAGAGACCAUAUAUAUUUUCUAAUUAACUGGAGACCAGUGAAGUUAGGUAAUCUUAAGAAACUACAAGGGCUAGAAUUGGCCCAGAAUGCGUUAAUUGGUUCUAUCCCUACAAGCAUUUGCAACAUGCCAACACUAAAUGUCCUAACACUUUCAGAAAACAAGCUUUUAGGUACUUUACCUUCAGAUUUAGGUCAUGGAAUGCUCUUCCUAGAAUUAUUUAUUUGUGCGGAAAACAAUCUGAGUGGUUUUAUAUCUGCUUCCAUCUCAAAUUAUUCAAGUCUCAGAGUACUUGAUCUCUCCGGCAACAGUUUCACAGGUCCAAUUCCUGAAUCACUUGGUAACUUAAAGAACCUUGAGUUUCUGAACUAUUGGGGGAAUAAUUUUUUCAGUGAUUCAACAUUGAGCUUCUUGACAUCUUUGACAAACUGUAGGAAACUAAGAAUUCCAAGAAUACUAGGUGGUCUAGAUAAAUUGAUUAAACUUUCUCUAGCACAUAAUAAUAGAUUAGAUGGACCUAUUCCAUAUUCAUUUGGCAAAAUGUUGGCAUUAGAACUUUUGGAUUUGUGCUAUAACAAUCUUGGUGGUGAAAUACCAAAGUCAUUAGAAGCUCUUAUGUAUCUUAACUACCUGAACAUCUCAUUCAAUAAGCUCAGUGGAGAGAUUCCUAUUGGUGGUCCUUUUGCAAAAGCCACAGGUCAAUCUUUCUUUUCCAAUGAUGCACUCUGUGGUGAUUCUAAGUUUAAUGGGUCACCAUGUGUCAUCCAAUCUCCAAAGAGGAAAAAGGCAAUCUUGAUUCUAGAAUAG